AACAAAAAAAAAUGAACAUUUGUUCUCUUCCACUGUCUUGUCUAAUGUCCGUAGAGUAAAGAGAUAGAGACGACGUUGCAGUAUCUUGCUCUCUCUCUCUCUCACACGAUCAAGAAAACUUUCACGUACACCGGAGAAAACUAUUACUCCGGUAAGAAAACAAUUAAAGACCUGUUCAAAUGGAAGAUUCUACAGCUUUUCCUUUCGCCGGGAAUCUUGACCCUCGAGCUCAAGAGUUCGUACCACUAAACCCUAUGUCUUCACCUUUUUACUUUCCGUACACUUCUCUUCCGCCGCCGCUUCCGCCACCUCCUCCGUCAUACGGAUUAUUUCCGCCGGAUCCAAGAAUGUUCACGUUCUUUAAUCGCCAACCACAUCCCAUGAUGUUUUCUCCUCCACCACCACCACCACCUAGUCCAUGUUUUAACGGCGCUUCGGCUGUUCAACAGCUAUCUACGCCGUCAAACUCUCCGACGCGAUCACUGUCUCUGCUCUGCGUGCCGCGUGACGUCACCGAGUCCACGGUGAGACGCGACUUGGAGGUGUUCGGCGAGGUGCGUGGCGUCCAAAUGGAGAGAAUCACCGAGGGAAUCGUGACCGUCCAUUUCUACGAUCUCCGUCACGCCAAAAGAGCUGUUCGAGAGAUUUGCGGUAGACACAUGCAGCACCAAGAAUGGCUCGGUAGCAGUGGAGGUGGAAGCGUUUGGAGACCACCUUCAUCAUCGGCGCGUGGGUUUGUUUCCGGUAGACCUGUGUGGGCCCACUUUGUACUCCCGGCUACUAACGCAGUACCCGGCGGUUGUAACCAAGGAACGUUGGUGAUAUUUAACCUAGACCCUGAAGUCUCUUCCACUGCUCUCAGACAGAUCUUCCAAGUUUACGGUUCGAUCAAAGAGUUGAGAGAGACACCGUACAAGAAACAUCAAAGAUUCAUUGAGUUUUACGAUGUGAGAGAUGCAGCGAAAGCGUUUGACCGAAUGAAUGGUGAAGAAAUUUAUGGGAAGCAAGUUGUGAUAGAAUUUAGCCGACCAGGUGGGAUUAAGAACAAGUUCACCCCAUUUAGGCAACCGCAGUUACCGUUUCAACCGCGACCAAUUCUAGCUCCUCCUCCUCCUUUGAGGCAGUCUAUUACUCUGAUGAAAGAUAAAAGCACUAAUGUGAACCCUAACAAUGGAGUUGAUGUUGUUGAAGCUUCUAUGCGUUCGUUGUGUAUCAUGGAUGAUGAUAACAAUAAGACCCGAGAAGCUGAAUCUGAAACAAAGAGCAAAAACGUAGCUAAGUGGAGAAAGAGAAAACAGAUGAAAAGUAUGGAGCUAAGUCAGUUUCUUAUCAGUGAAGAAACCAUGGAUGAUCCAAGUUGCAGAGAUCAACGUACCACUUUGAUGAUUAAGAACAUACCAAACAAGUACAGUCAAAAACUGCUGUUGAAUAUGCUGGAUAAUCACUGCAUUCACAUCAACGAAGCGAUUACCGAGGAGAGGGACGAACACGAAGCUCAUCAUAAUCAGCCAUUUUCUUCUUAUGAUUUCGUGUAUCUGCCCAUGGACUUCAACAACAAGUGCAAUGUUGGAUAUGGGUUUGUAAACAUGACGUCUCCGGAAGCAGCUUGGAGGCUUUACAAGGCGUUUCAUCUUCAACGUUGGGAGGUUUUUAAUUCGCACAAGAUUUGCCAAGUCACAUAUGCAAGAGUUCAGGGUUUGGAGGAUCUAAAGGAACACUUCAAGAGCUCAAAAUUUCCGUGCGAGGCUGAGCUUUACCUUCCGGUGUUUUUUUCGCCUCCACGGGACGGGAAGCAGUUAACGGAACCAGUCUCUAUCAAGAUCAACGGCGUCACCGGGAUCAAUAGCAAUCAUCUUUUUGAGCCUAUGGACGGUCAAGAUCACUCUGUGGGUGGAUCAUGUUGCGGCAGUGACAAUGAUAACAGUCAGGAAGAUGGAUUAUCCGGCAGUAGCAUAGACGGUGGGCGAAGUUUGACGGUGGUAGGAGAGACGUCUUUCUAGAAGUUGUUUGUAAUGUAAACGGAACCUUAGUAUAUGAAGUGUAAUUAGACAAAUCAUGUUGUUUAAGUUCAACGCUUGUUAUGUUGUCUGGAUCUAAAUCUUAUCUGGUUAUUCGACGCGA